AUGGUCGGUGGAAGGCGACCGGACAUGAUGGCUGACAAGCGGCAAAUCCUGGUCUGCAUCAACUGCCGGAGCCGGAAAAAGAAAUGCGACAAAAGCCUGCCUUCAUGUGGCUAUUGUAUCCAGAAGCGUCUGAAAUGUGCGUAUUCGAGGAACACCCCCCCUCGACAAGAUGAGCCCUUCAGCACACCAGAGAGGAACGAGGGGACAGUCUCACAACAGGCAAACCUCCCGCUGGUUUUGGAUAUGAUUUUAUCGGGGCCGAAGAGCUUAGAAAUAAGCGUUCACGCCGAGGUCAAUCGCUUGAUUCGCUCCACUGGCCAGUUCGUUGAUGAUAUCACUGCCCGAUAUUUCAAAGACGUACAUUUGUUUAUCCCAGUCAUCGCUCGCUCUCGCUUCCACAAUGGCCUCAUCAACCUAGGAGCACCCCCUUCCGCAGACCUGUCCAUCCUCCUACUCUGCAUGUGCCUCAUUACCCCAGAUCCUGAGCGGAGAAGUCCCUCCUCUUCCAGCAAGACGAGUCAACACGUGAUGUAUCUGUCGACCAGGUCAAUCUUCGCACAACUACAGGCUAUGAUGUCUCCUUCACUAAGCUUCAUACAAGCAGGGCUACUUUUGGCAAUAUACGAGUAUGUCCACGGGCAAACCGAUCGAGGCCUUGCGACUAUAUCGAAUUCCGCGCGAAUGGCUUAUGCCGCUCGCAUCCAUACCCUUAAUGUCAACUUGAGACACGAAGAGCGAGCCAGUAAUAGUUUACAACCAGAAGAACGUGAGGCUUUAAAUACCUGGUGGGCUCUUAUUAUCUGGGAACGUACCAUGAUGUUGGAAGUGGUUACCCAAGAUCAGCCAUUAGUCACAACUGUCCGUCCCGAACAAGCGGCACUUCCAGCCGAGCCCGACUUGAUUGAUCAAGGUGAUCCAACGAUCUCAAAUACUCCGGUACCCAAUAAUCCCCACGAAGUGAAUGUUGGUGGCUUUGGUCGUCUUGCCCAGGCAAUCAUGAUAGUGGAUCAAAUUCUCAAAGCCUUCAGCAUAUGCGAUGUCGCCGCACGACUCUCCACACUUCACAAUAUUAACACCUCGCUCCAAUCAUUCCUAGAAGUGGUCGUAAAACAGCACUCGGGGAAGCCCUCAUCAUAUUGUUCAUCUGUGGUUAUUGCCAUUAGAUCACUUUUCAGCCUCCAUGGACACAUCAUUCAGUGGACUUCAGCAGGAAUCGCUGAAGGUGACAGACAUGUUUAUAACAAUGAUUCUUUUGCUGCAAUUCGUACAGGGAUCGCAAUGACUUUGGAUAUAGCUGAAUGGCACGAAGCACGACCUCUGCACAUGGGCCUCAUUCUUCCUCCAAACUAUGCAUACCUAUUACGUGCCACACUUUCGCAUACGGAACAUAAUUCGUUCUUUGAAGAUCAAAACAAGGCUCAAGAAUCGAAGAAAUGCCUCGAACGCUCCCUCGCGCAAUUCGGAAGACUUUGGGGUACAGCAGCAUGA